AUGCACGAUGAUUCGUGCGGCAGGAUAAAAUCGAUUGAAUUAUACCUGCAAAUUUCCGCGGUGAAGAAACUUAACGUAUUCGCGGCCACGUCCGAUCGUGGAACAUACACAGAAGCGUACGUGCAUGCAAAUGAAGAUCUGCCUCGUCGAAAUGAAACGUCGAAGAUAUGUCAAGUGAUGCCAAAUAUGUUCUACUGCAGAGUGUUACAACAUAAUCUACUUUCCGAACCGCAAAUGGUCAAAAAUCCUUCCACUGUGCCGACUCGACGUAAAUCUCGGAACGCAAAUUACACCAAAUAA